AGCAUUUGGAAUAUGGAUACAAAUGAGAAGAUCGUCAUCGGAGUAGACGAAUUUGGUACUCCUUGGACAAAAGAAGCUGCUGCCCUUACUUCCUUUCUAGGAGUUAUUGCAAAAAAUGGACAACUUGCACCCAUAUCCAUAAGAAAAUGGAAUGAUAAAGCAUUUUCUACAUUUAAAAAGAAGAUGUUGGACAUUGUCAAGCAAAGGUUUUCAUAUCCUUCGAGUCAGGCAACCGAUGAUUGGAUUUUAAAGUCAUUGAACAAAAAAUGGAGAGAUUAUAAAGGUGACUUGAAGCAAGAAAAUUAUGAUCUAUCAAAGACAAAGGAUGAAAUCAUAGAAAAUGCACCUGAGGGUGUUAUGGAAGAUCAAUGGGCAACCCUUGUAAAUUCAUGGUAA